AUGAAUCAAUUUCAACAUAUACAAAAGGUAUUGGACAAUUUCACUUCUGAACAAAUUGUAGAUAAUCGACUAAGAUUGAAGGUCUCAAUUGAUACAAUCCGAUUGCUUGCAUUUCAAGGUUGUGCUUUUAGAGGUCGUGAUGAAAGGCUAAAUUCAAUCAAUCGUGGAAAUUUUCUUCAAAUAGUGAAAUUGUUGGGAUCAUAUAAUGAUAAUGUUGCUAAAGUAUUGGAUAAAGCUCCGAAAAAUGCCUCUUACACAUCACCAAAGAUUCAAAAAGAAAUUUUACAUAUUUUUUCAACCAAAGUGAAGAACGCAAUUCGUGAAAAAAUUAGUGAUGCGAAGUAUUGCAUAAUUGUUGAUGAAGCUCGUGAUGAGUCAAAGGAGCAAAUGGUUAUAGUUUUGAGAUUCGUUGACAAAGAUGGUUUUGUGAGAGAGCGUUUUUUUGGGCUUAUUCAUGUCUCUAACACUGCUACAUCAACCCUAAAAGAUGGAAUAUAUUCUGUAUUGUCUCAUCACAAUUUAGAUAUUCAAAAUAUUCGAGGACAAGGAUACGAUGGUGCAAGCAAUAUGCGAGGUGAGUGGAAAGGAUUACAAGCAUUAGUUUUGAAUGAUUGUCCAUAUGCUUAUUAUAUUCAUUGUUUUGCACAUCGUUUGCAGUUGGCUUUAGUGGCAGCAUCGAAAGAUGUUAUCCCAAUUCAUAAAUUUUUUCCUAAAUUGACUUUUGUUGUCAAUAUUGUUGGUGCCUCAUGCAAGUGCAAUGAUGAAUUGAAAGUUGCACAAGCUGCUGAAAUUGAACAUAUGAUUGACAUUGAUGAGCUCGAGACUGGAAAGGUACUUAACUAG